AAAGCAACUGUUCCUCUUUAAAAGUUUGGACCCAUAUCUUUAAUUAAUAUUUGAAAAGAAUUAUAAGCUCGACCUAUUUGAAACCUUUCCUCACCACAUUUUCUCAUUCACUCACAUUAUUCUCUUUUCUCUCCCUCAAUGGAUUUGGAAGAUUUUGUCCUUAUUCACACUCACGAACUUCAAUCAACUACCUCUAUUAUUGCCUCAACUUCUAAUUCAUCCUCAGAAGAAGAAGCCACUACCACUAAGAAGAAAACUCAACAUGUCAAAGAAUUAAGCAAUAGUAGCAUCAAAGAAAAGAAAAAGAAAAAAAUGAAUAAUAAUGAUAUUGAUGGGAAGCAUCCAACAUAUAGAGGAGUAAGAAUGCGUCAAUGGGGCAAAUGGGUGUCAGAAAUUAGAGAGCCAAGAAAAAAAUCAAGAAUUUGGCUUGGAACUUUUCCAACUCCAGAUAUGGCGGCUCGAGCUCAUGACGUGGCGGCUCUUGCUAUCAAAGGCUCUUCGGCUUACCUUAAUUUCCCCGAAUUAGCCGCUAUGUUGCCGCGUCCAGCUAGUACUUCUCCUAAGGACAUCCAAGCCGCCGCCGCCAAAGCAGCCGCAACUUUUUAUAAUCAUCCAACUCGUCAACUUCAAUUGGAAGCUGAAGCCGAGCCGAGCCAAGCCUCGUCUUCUUCAAGCCACAAUGAACGAUCAUCGUUGAAUGGUGAGGAUGACAUGUUCUUGAACCUUCCUGAUCUUUCACUUGAUUAUUCUUCAUCGGCUUGGCUUGUAACUGGAGCUCAACAUAUAGACUCGGCUUUCCGGCUUGAAGACUCUUUUCUAUGGGACUCGUGUUAAGUCACCUAAUUAAAGCACACAUUCCAUUUCCCUUUGUGAUACUCUCUUUCUUUGUUCCUUUGUCUUUUGGACUUCAAUUGUUACUUUGCUAGAAUAUUGAAGUUCUACAUUAUCUACUAUGGUUUGAGGGGUGCCACUUCAUUUUUUUACUAAAAUCACUUCAACAUCAAAUUAAUUUGUAUGCCGUGGAACUUUAAAGACUAAUCUCUUUCGAUAGAGUUUAGAAAUUAAAUUGUGUAUAGAUAUGUUAUAAAUCACACUAAAAAAAACUUUUGUCAAUAUUUCCAUUAAAUUUUAAUUAUUGUGAAUAUUAAAUUUCCCGUUUGUCAAUUUGUUUCUUUUUUUGUAAUAGUUUGUGUGGAAUAAGAUUCAGUUGGAGUUCGUUUUUAA